AACGUUGCAUCUAAGUGCCGUAAGAUCAGCAAUCUGUAGCAUAUUUUGUCGAUGACGUCGAUUUGCCGGGAGGAUUGGAGGAAUAUCAUUGUUGCCGUGCAAAACGCGCUUCUGCUGACCACGAAAAAUGAAGGCGACGUUGUGGCUCUUGAUUAGCGGUAUUUUGACGUCGUGGGCUGCGGAAUGGAAUACAAAGGACUAUAUGAAACGAGAACAUUCUCUGAUUAGGCCAUACCAAGGAACAGGUAUGACAAUACCUUAUUGGGAUUUUAUGGGAAGUACAAUGGUAACAAAUAAUUAUAUUAGACUAACGCCAGAUUUACAAAGCAAGCAAGGUGCCUUAUGGAAUUCUGUUCCAUGUCAUGUGAGAAACUGGGAAUUACAAGUUCAAUUUAAAGUACAUGGAAAAGGAAAGGACUUAUUUGGAGAUGGUUUUGUCAUCUGGUAUGCUAAAGAAAGAAUGAAGCCAGGUCCAGUAUUUGGAAAUGAAGAUUAUUUUCAAGGAUUAGCAGUAAUACUUGAUACAUAUAGCAAUCAUAAUGGCCCACAUAAUCAUCAACAUCCUUAUGUCUCAGCAAUGAUCAACAAUGGGUCUUUGCAUUAUGAUCAUGACCGUGAUGGCACUCACACACAGCUUGCUGGAUGUGAAGCAAAAUUCAGAAAUUUAGAACAUGAUACUCAUAUAGCUAUAAGAUAUGAAAGAGAUACUUUAACUGUUUCUAAGGACAUUUCUAACAAAGCGGCAUGGAAAGAAUGUUUCUCAGUGAAAGAGAUUAAGCUUCCAACAGGAUACUAUAUUGGAAUUUCAGCCACCACGGGUGACCUUUCUGACAAUCAUGAUAUACUGUCGAUUCGUCUGUUUGAAUUGGAUUUACCAGACGAUCCAAAAGAUCAAGAAGAUAGAUCUCAUAUUGUGCCAUCAGCAGCAUUCUUCGAUCCACCAAGAGCACGCAUAGAAGAUCCGAAAGAGUCUAUGAGUGGCAUAAAGUUGUUCCUAGUCAUGUUACUUGGUGCAUUGGUAAUAAUAGCCUGUGUCAUCGGUAUCAUUAUGUUAUAUCAAAAACAGCAAGAAAAUAAAAGAAAACGCUUCUACUAAUUAUUCCUUGCGUAGGGUUUCUUGAAUAUAAGUUUACAUUGGUUUCUUCUUUAUACAGGAUUUUUUAUACCUAAACGUAGGUACUCAUAAGACUGUCUUCUUUGCUUUAUCUUGUCAAAAAUAGAAGCAAGGCAGAAUUUUUUUGCGCAAACAAGAUAUUCAGGGUAAAGGAAGAGAUACACAUAUACCGAUCGGUAUAAUAUAUUUAAUUCAUAAAUAUACCACUUUAUUCUACAACUUUCCAUAAAAAAAAAACAAAAAAAUUCAUACUGCAUAAAAGAAUGGUAUAAUUUUAUGUGGUAAAACUAUUAUACCGAUUAUAUGUAUGUGUGUAUGUGUGUGUGUGUGUGUAUGUGUGUGUACGAACAUUCUAACAAUUUACGUAAAUUCACGGAAUGUUGCUACAUUUAUACUUUAAACCGUAAUGUCCCAGUUGAAGUUAAUAUACAUUGAUAUUAUAAAAGGACAGGGCAUAAUAGAAUCCGAAAAUGCCAGAAAUAAUUAAGAAAUAAGAUGAAGAGAAAAUUUGUCUGAAGAAACAAAUGUUACUUUAUAUUCUUGUUAUUUUUCGUUUCUUCGAUUGUACCAUGAAUUAUGCUCCAAUCUGUACAGUUUCUUUACCAAAGUUAUUUCUCCGAAUGACACGAAUAUUUGACAAGAUAAAUUUGUAUAAACAUAACUCACCUAAGAUGACACGAAUGAAUGCAAACAUAUGAUAAAAAGAUUUCAUAGUUAUAACUUUUAAAUGUACACUAUCAUGUACAUAUUGCUAACUUUUUAUUUGACAGAUUUGGAGAGAACUUGUGUAGAAUUUGUUUGUUUGUUAAUUUAUUAAUCUCAGGCCAAAACACUCCAGAUAUGUGUAACAGUAUAUCUUUUUAAAAUCUGUACAGAUCUGAGUAAAUAGUGGGGAGCUAAUUUUAAUAAAUAAUUUUAUCAAUUGUAAAACAUCACAUGGCCCUUUCGCUACGGGCUAUUACAGUGGCGAUUGUUAAGAAUGGAAAACGCCAAUGUAUUGGCUUUCUGCUAUAACUUGUAGAUUUGUUUGAAUAUUAAAAAUAAAAAUUUUGUUAAUUUAUUAGCUGUUAUUUUAUAUUAAACUGCCAGCAAAGCUUUGCGUCCAACUUAGCCGUAGCGAAAAGGUUAAAGAAACAUAGAAAUAAAUAGGAAUGAUGAUAAGAGUCGCGAUAAUGUUUCACAAGUAUAUUUAUGAAGAAUGUUACCGUGUAUUUUUUCUGGAACGAAAGGUAGAAAAAAUAAUCACAGACGUAUCUCUUAAAUAAAAUAUAGUUUCUACUUGCGCGGUUAUUUUUAUUUUACAUUGAGUAAUUAUUUUCGUAUAUAGAUUAGAUUAGAUUAAAUUAUAAAUUAGAUUAGAUUACGGUGAAAAAGACUUUAUUAACAUAGAUUUUAUAUCUGUAUAUAAAGCAAAUUAACAUUAUAUUCGAAGCUCCCAUAUUGCACAAUAGACACAGUAACUCUUUAAAAAGUGCACAUUUAUAAAAUACGUAUGUUCACAGUGUUAAACGGGCCACUGCAUAUUACAUAUAUAAUGUAAUGUAUCUGAGUUGCAAUAUGGGAGAUUCCAUUGUGUAUUUCGAUAUAAAACCACUAUAUAAUUCCGUAUUGUAAUUCUUUUAUGUGGAAAUUAAGAAGGGAACCAAACUAUUUAAUAAAUGUCUUGUUAUUGAUAUGAUGUUACUAAAAAAAAAUGAUGUAUCAUAAUUUGUUGCCAAAUAUAAAAUAAAUAUGUCUAUAAUACUAUAUGUAACAAAA